AUGGAGAUAGAGACGCUUGUGAAACGAGACGAAACAACAAGAGAAUCACGCAAGGACAACCGGAGAAUCUAUCUUCUUCUCGUCAGUGCUGGUAUUUCAAAGGAUGAUGGAUUUUACUUCAUUUCUGCUUGCACUCAUUGCGUACAAACUUACACUCGUGUUAGAAGCUUCGAUGAUCUUACUAUCACACAAUUCAAUUCGAGGUUUCUCAAUACUACGAUCCCAAACUUCUCAAGUGAUGUCGAUUCCGGGUAA